GGUAUCGGUACCGUUCGACAGUCUCUUUGGGGAUCUUUUUCUCGAGGUCAAGACGUCAACUUCAUAAAACUUGUUGAUACAUGUAUACGACACCAUGGCAUUCCUGUUGAAGAAGUGCUUCCUCGUAAUCCUCCUGGCGCCGUUGUUGUUGGUUUGGGGUAGUGUCAAUGAUGAUAAUGACAAUGUCGUGGAGGUCAACCCCCACGUGGCGCUGGAGGUGAUCUCUCCUGGGAUCAUUCGUGUGUUUCGGAACAACAAUACUGCCUCCAGUCCAACGGCGUCUCAAGCCCUCCAGCAACGCCAAAGUCUUGUCGUGGUGGACCAACCGAAGAAAAAGAUUGAUUUUCACGUCGAUGUGAUUGACGAUAAUACCACCCUCCUUGUGACUACUGAUCUCCUCGUGGUCCAGGCGUCCAUAUUAUCGGGCAAGAUCGAAUUUCGCAAACGCAAGGAUCGUACAGUCUUACUGGCAGAAGACGUCGCCACCUUGGAUUCCAAGCAGAACACGGUCCGUCAGGACUUUUGGCUCUCCUCACCUACGGAAGCUCUUUAUGGAGGAGGUCAGUUUGUCAAUGGCGCUCUGAACUAUCGCUCGGCUCCCAUUCAAUGGGUGCAAACCAAUACGCAAGCCGUCGUCCCCUUUCUACUAUCGAGUCGUCAGUAUGGAAUCCUCUGGGAUUUGUACGGAGAAACCAUGAUGAAUCCACCACAACACCAAAUCCAAAUGACCAACGAUGGAACCAACAACUACACGGGAUCCUUUGUCUCGCCUGCGGAAGGCGACUAUUGGUUCUAUAUCGAAGCAUGUGCCGGUCCCUACCAAAAGUGUCAAACCCGACCCGCACCGGUACAACUCUCAUUGUGGACGAUCAACGACAAUCCUCGCAAGAAGAGAACAAUCGUGUGCGAACACUUUGACUUGUACAAUUUGCCACAUAGUAUUUCCUGCCGUGUCCGCGGAUUGAUCCAGGAUCAACAGUACCACGUCGUGUUGCAGGACCUGGCUGUCUCCGACAAAAAUAUUAUGCCUGCCGUCUACUACACGGCCGUGAAUACCCACAACAAACUAUCUCUGGAAACGCAAGCCACCAAUUUCAUCGACUACUACUUUGUGGCCAAUGGGAACCACCACAGCAGUAAUAAUAGUGAGGAGAAGAAGCAAUCUAUCACAACCACAACAACAACAUUGGAUGGUGUCAUUGCCAAUUAUCGACAACUGACGGGGACGGCUAAACUCUACAGUCGUUGGGUCUAUGGAUUUUGGCAAUGCAAGGAACACUACAAAACACAACAAGAGCUAUUGGAUGCCGCCACCAAAUUUCGACAAUUGAGGAUACCGGUAGAUGCCAUUGUACAGGAUUGGAGGUAUUGGGGCGAUCUGGGAUGGGGCCCUCAUUGGGAUCCCAGAAUCUAUCCCGACCCUCAAGCCAUGAUUCAACAAUUGCACAACAAUAGUAUGCAUUUCAUGGUAUCCGUCUGGUCUCGAUUUGAUACCAACACCAAAUUUUACAAAACCAUGAAUGCGAGUGGUCUCAUUAUUGAGAAUGCCAAUCAGUACAUGGAUGCUUGGAAUCCUCUGGCGCGCAAUCUAUUCUUUCAAUUUUCCAAUCAAGCACACUUUUCCAUUGGUGCCGAUGCCUUGUGGCUCGAUGCCACCGAACCGGAAGGAUCCUUGCAACGACACAAACAGAUCCAUCUUGGCACGGGAGACGAGUACGCCAAUACGUAUUCGUUAAUGGUAUCCAAAUCCAUUCAUGAUGGGCUGCUCGCCCAAGACCCCCACCGCCGAGUCUUUUCCUUGACACGAUCGUCCUUUGCUGGACAACAACGUUAUGGAGCGACACUCUGGUCGGGGGAUACCAGCAGCACGUGGGAUUCUCUGCGACGACAAAUUGCCAUGUCCAUCAACUACCAGCUAUCGGGAAUUCCCUACUGGAGUAUGGACACGGGAGGAUUCUUUCGACCACCAAAUCAAUACACGGAUCCCGAUUACCACCAUCUAUUGACACGGUGGUUUCAGUUUGCCGUCUUUACUCCCGUUUUCCGCGUCCAUGGUUCCCAUUCGAAUACCGAACUCUGGAACUAUGGGAAGGAACUGCAAGACGUGAUUGUCCACACGGCCAUACGAUUCCGGUAUCGGCUACUGGAAUACAUUUACUCGGGAUUUGAUCGCGUCGAACGGGAACACUACACGAUGCAGCGAGGAUUGGUGUUGGAUUUCUGGUACGACGACACUGUACAAUCCAUUCCGGAUCAAUUCAUGUUUGGAGACUCCUUUUUGGUGGCGCCCAUUUACACCCCUGACUCGAGUCGAACUGUCUAUCUUCCCAAGCUAAUGAAGGGGACAUGGCGCUGCUUUUGGUCGGGCAAAGAAUUGAAGGAUGCGCAAACAAUCCACAUUGCCAACAUGACUCGAAAUGGAAUUCCACUGUUUGUCCGGAGUAGCAUUCUGGUUUUGGGACCGGAUGGACGGCAACACGUCAAUGACAUUCUUGACGGAGAGCAAUCGCUCGAAGUCAGGGUAUACGCUGGAACUGAUUCGCAGUUUGUCUUGUUUGAGGAUGAUGGCAUCUCGGGAGAUCCCUACCGGCCAACAACGACAAUCACCUUUCGCUGGCAUGAUGACUCUAGCAUUCUCACCAUUGGCAAAAGGAACGGUACUCCGUUUCCUGGUAUGGCAAAAACGAGGACCAUCCAUGUUGUGCUUGUUCGUCCUGGUGUUGGUGUUGGCAUUGAUCCGUCUCGGCCAGAUGUCAGUCUCGCCUACAAUGGUACCUCUUUCAAGGUGAAGCUCCAACCCACAAAGGAGCCGUUGCUUGCGUUAGAGCUCUCGUAGAACUCGAGUCCUUUGCUGGAAAGCACCACACGACUUGGGAGGUUCAUGGCCAGGUAGUUACACAAUAAAUUUCCCAACGACUUCGACCACGAGGCUUCAGUGAAACGUUUCUGAUGACGUAGGAGCCGGGGCUGUGCUCAGCCCAAGUCUCGCUCUAUCGAUAGACACCUAGCCGAUUUUGUCAGACGGCUAACACGAAACCUGGCUGGGACCACCCCUUCUCUCCUUAACCAUUGUCUUAGUUAUUCCGUCUCUCUCUCUCGAGCCACUAUUCACGGCCACCAGUAGUACUGUGGAAAGAUGCACUCCGCACCGUAGAUGUAGCGAACGCAACUAAUCGACUUCUCUAAUCGGGAGCCGCGAACGAUCCGUCUAGUGCUGAUCUCAGUAAUACUUUCUUGGCCUACACCAUCUUCUCACCAAACACUCGUCAUCUAUGCCAUGCGGAGAACACACGCAAACAAAGGUAUUGAACAUACUAAGGAUAUGAAUUCAUUUCAGUUCUGCUUCACGAUUUUCCUUUUUCGGGGACUGUCUCGUUCUGCUGGUACCAGGUACCACCGGCAGAUACGUGUCUGGGAUCCUAUUAGAGAAGCAGCAGAGAAGCAAGCAGAACAGGUGCAAGAAGAGAAAUUGAAACCGCACUGAUGAAAGCACUGCUGUCAAGCACACCAACAACGUCCUCCUCUGACUUUGCCACAUCAUUGUCUGCCUCCUUCUCAACCAGACCUCCCACAUCAGUAGUUUCAGUAAUGCCUGCCCACAGCAUGCCAUGAUUGAACAGUUCUUCACGACCCUCAUCAGAAAUACCAUGAGCAACGUAGCUGAUUCUUGCCCAAUGCUGACAAUCGAAUAGCGAGACAUGCCUUGUACUUAGACAAAGCACCUUUAUAGUCACCCUUUGCCUUCAGAGCAGAAGGAAUAUUGUGAGAUCAACAGAGGGUUUUGAGCAGGUGAAUUAAUACAUGUAUUGCAUUCCUUGAAUGCUGGAUCUCUGAAGUCUGAAGGGGGAUGAGCAAACUUGCCCAUGGCUCUGUGUUGAAUUUGUUCGAGCGUUUUUGUAAAAUUGUGCGCUAAGCCAAUCUUUUACUUUGGCUGUUUUUCUCUAUUGGAUUUGAUUGGAUUGCAUUGGAUUAGAUUGGAUUGCAUUGAAUUACAGUUUACUAUAUAAAUAACAGUACUAUUUGGAAUCCAAUUCAAUCCAAUCCAAUGCAAUGCAAUGCAAUCUAAUCCAAUUAAAUUUAUCUUCCG